ACUCCCCGCAAAUGGGUUUCCUCAGUGAACUGCCAUCUCUUCCUUAGGAAGUUAAUUAAACAAGGCAGGAGGACUCAGCGAAGAUGCAAAGUGGAAGCCCCUAAUAUACCUGACUUGCAAAGAGGAACCAUCAUUUCCUUCUAAUAAUUCCUGCUCUGUUAACCUUUCCACUGUCCUGAGUUUUGCAGCGUGGACUUCAGUCGCAGCAACAGGAGUACAACCAGAAGGCAGGACACACUACCAUAAUUGGAUAUAUGCUAAUAUUGAAGAUGGGGACCGGAGGUGUGGCGGCAGACCAUUGGUGGCUUAGAAGCUCUACUUCCGGAAUUGUUGGGGGGUGUAACAGUGAAUAAGGACUUCCACGGCUUUACAGACAUGGAGCGACAAAGCGUCAAUUACAAGCUUGAUGUGGGACCUGAGGAGGAUGAGGAAAAUGCGAAUGGUAUAAAGACUCUGAUGGUCUUGCUGGCUGGAGAGGGAAGAAAUGAGGGAGAGAGUGGACCGGGCCUGCCUGGGUCGGGAGCCUCAGCAGCGGAAGGAUACAGAGCAGGAGAAAUAAGUGCAGGUGGGCCUGCUGCGCCAGUAGCCGACCUCAUGGAUAACAGCAACCAAGAGGACCUUGGUGCCACUGGCUGUGACCAGGAGAAGGAGAAGCAGCCAGAGGAGCCAGUCCCUGAUUCCAUGGGAGAUUUGGAAAAUGUAAAGCAUGUGUCCGGGCCGUGGUCCACUGUUAAUCCUGUGAGAGUGUUGGUGCCCAAAUUCCGCCACGGUUGGCAACAGAGCUUCAAUGUGCUGCAACUACAAGAGCUGGAGAGCAUCUUCCAGUGCAAUCACUACAUCAGCACUAAGGAGGCAAAUCGCCUGGCAAGAUCCAUGGGAGUGAGUGAAGCCACAGUGCAGGUGGACAAAUCAAACAGAAAGGAAUAAGAGUGUAUAAUGUUACAUACAUGAAUGGUUUUUGAAGAGGAGAGAAAAAUACAGGAGUUAUAAGAGGCUGUAAAUGCUCAGAGGUCCUCUUCCUGCUUCCCACAGCAUCUCUCUGUGAAGGCUAUGGAGAAGCCCCAGGGAUCCACGCUUCCUCAAGGCGCCAUAGCCAGACGAUGUUUUCCCGCCAAAGUCCUGUUACAACACAGUUAUCUCCUCAAUACUUGUAUUAGCAAUAAAGAGCUGAAUUC